GCAUAUGAAAAGCUCAUAAUUUUCUUAACAGCUUGACGAUGGACGAAACAAUCAAAGUACGCUUAGCACUCGAAAGCGACUAUAAGCAAGUAGUGGAAAUGUCAAAAGGCAUCUACGAAGGGUUUGACUACCUUCCAAAGUGUUACCACGUGUGGCUACGUCAGCCAAGCCGGCACAUGUUUGUAGCGGUAGACGGGGAACAAAUCGUUGGUCUGACUUCUGCUUGGCUGAUUGACAAUGAAAAGACGCUUUUAUCUCAGGCAGGCAGAGUGAAUCCGGACUAUCGCGGGCAAGGUGUCUACAAAAAACUCUUAAAAGAAAAAUGCAAGUUUGUCAAGGAAAAGUAUCCCAAAGUAAGGGUAAUGAGAAUGACCGCUAACGACAAUGGCGUGUUAGCUCAGUUGAAAAUGGGGGCUCGAGUGCUUUAUGGCUUGGCUUGUAUGAUAUGGGAGAUUAAAGAGGAAAUUGUAAAGGACCUGCUAGAUGCAUUCCUUGAAACAACGGACAACAUUCUACCAUCGCCUUAUAGUAAGGGAGAAGUUCAAGAGAACAUAAUAAAAAAUCAAGGUGCAGUGGACGCGCUAUUUCUGAAAGGUGAUGCUCUAAUAAACUGGGAAGCGUUCAAAGUAGGUGAGCAAACAAACUUCGACUUAAUAUUCCUAAAAGAUGAUCGAAUGUUCGCUGUGCAAACAUCCCUCGACACUUUUCCAAAGUCAUUUAGUCAUGGUCGGCUGGCUGGACGUGCGGUAUACCUGUGGACGUGUACAGUGUACACCGCAGACCCAGUCCACCUCCGAGCACACUUGAAGCAGCAACUGAAAGUGGCAAUGGGGGUGAUUCAAGGACCAUUCUAUUUCGAAGUGUUUUGUGACAAGGAUCUUGCUCAAAAGUGUCAAAAUGAUGCCCCAACAGCUCGGAGAACAUGGAGUCUUUUUAUACUGGAGAGGGAUUUAAAUAGCACCACCAUUAUAGACAACCUCUAAGAACAAAUUACUAUUUUUGUUUGGGACUCUACAGAUGGAAGCCCAAGACCAACCAUCCGUGAACUAGUCCGGCGGAUAUGUGUUUUAAUUGCGCACUUUUUGCUAAAGUUUCCAAUUUAAGCAUAGUGAUAUUUUUUUAAUUCCCUUUUCAAGAUAGGCUGUAGAGCCAAGCUCAGAUCGGCUUUAAUUGCCAAUUAAUAAGGAGUAUUGAUUUGGCCGCCAUUUUGAACCGGAAGUAAACUACCCUUUUCUAAAAAAUAAAUAAACUUGCACAUUUUGAUACUGUUUUCCACUAGACGACUAAAAUGAAAGUCAAAGAAUGUAUUUAAACCCAAGAUUUCUGAAAAUACCCGCGAAUUUGUCAUUUUUGGAACUUUAACCGGAAGUAUUUGACAGUAAAACAUGGGACGUUUAUUUCACCCCGCGCCUUCUAGCAAAAGACACCAAUUAUAUUGCAGUUGUAGGUUGAAAUAACCUUUAUAAGAUGAGCUAUGGAGCCAAGAUAAAAUCAGCUUUUAUCACCGACUAAUAUGGUUUAUUGUCGCCAUUUUGCACUGGAGAUUAAAUUUGUUAUUUUUGAAAGCACAGAGAUGCACAUCUUGUCUGCGACUAAAAAAUUCAUGAAAUCCAUUUGAUACUUUUAAGUUGUAAAAAAGGUAAAAAUGAUUAGGUUUCUGCUAUUAAUUUUACCUUUUUAAAAACCGGAAGUAGUUUCCAAACCUGUUUCUGUACACUCUAAUAAAACCAGCUUAAUGCAUAUACGAAUAAGCAAUGAGGCAUUUUUUUAAUAGAGUCACACAAAUAAUAAAUGACAGUUGUAUUUUGCAUUUAAGAGUGCACCAAUUGAAUAAUAAAGACAAUGUUUUCCUGCUAUGUGAGC